AUGAAGUUUGAAAACAUUCUAGAGGAGAUCGAUGGCUGUGGAUGGUUUCAGGUGCUGAUCGUCACUCUGCUCUGUGUCCCUCGAGUGAUACUACCGUGUCACUUCCUGCUGAACAACUUCAUAGCAGCCGUGCCCUCUCACCACUGUGACCUCAGCGCUCUGGAUGAUGGCGGCCUCUUUGGGAAUCUGACCCAGGAGCAGAGACUGACUGUCAGCGUUCCAGUACAGGAAGAUGGAACUCCAAGCUCCUGUAAGAUGUUCCCAGAGCCCCAGUUCCAGCUCCUUUCCAACUCUAAUGACAGUGACCUAGCUACAGUCCCCUGUCAGAAUGGAUGGGCAUAUGACAACAGCACCUUCAAAUCCACUAUGGCAACAGAGUGGGACCUUGUCUGUGACAGAAAAGGCAUGAAUAAAGCCACAGCCACCAUUUUCUUUGUUGGCGUGAUGAUUGGAGCUAUAGCCUUUGGUACCCUCACUGACAAGUUUGGGAGGAAGCCUAUGCUAUUGGUGUCCUAUACCAUAUCCAUGGUAUUUGGAUUUGCCAGUGCGUUCUCUAACUCCUAUACCAUGUUCGGAGUGAUGAGAUUCUUUACUGGCUUUGGACUUACAGGCAUCAGCAUCAUCUCGACCGUUCUCAGUUUGGAGUGGGUGGACAUUAAGCACCGGGCAUUAAUAGGUAUAACGGGCAGCAUGGCCUGGUCGUUUGGCAACAUGAUGCUAGCGGGCAUUGCGUAUCAAGUGAAUGAUUGGCGGAUGCUAAUGAUAGCUGUCUCUGCACCCCUGGGCUUGGCUAUCAUCACUUGGUGGUGGCUCCCUGAGUCUGCCAGGUGGCUCAUAGCCAAUGGCAAAGUGGAAAGAGCCCAUCUUUACCUGGAGAAAUGUGCUCGUUUUAACAACAGAAAGGACUUCACGUCCAAAAUCAAACUUGAGCACCUGUCUGAUGUGGUUGGCAUGGACAACCAUAACAAGACCUACUCCUACCUGGACCUGGUGAGGACCCCAAAGAUGAGAAGACUGGCUCUAAUAACAGGCAUAGUGUGGUAUGGCGUGGCCUCAACAUACUAUGGCAUCAGUUUAAACAUUACAGGGUUUGGCCUGAAUGUCUACCUCACCCACUUCAUCUACUCUGCCAUCGAGGUGCCCGCCAAGAUGGUCGUCUACUUCUGUCUCGAUACCAUUGGUCGGAAACACUGCCAGGCAGGCACCCUUCUGCUAACGGGAACCUGCAUCGCCAUCAACAUCUUUGUGCCCAAAGGUCAGUGGCAUGUUCGCACCAUCGUCGCUGUGCUUGGGAAAGGCCUAUCAGAGGCCUCCUUCACCACUGUCAUCUUGUAUACAGCUGAACUCUACCCUACGGUCGUAAGACAAAAUGGGUUGGGUUACAAUAACUUCAUGGCUCGGUUGGGCGUGUCCUUAGCACCCCUCAUCAUUCUAUUGGAGGAUGUGUGGAAGCCCCUCCCUGAAGUCAUCAUCUGUUGUGUGUCCAUUCUGUCUGGUCUGGUGGCCUUCCUUCUCCCAGAAACCCACAAUGCAAGGCUGCCAGAGACCAUUGAGGACAUUGAACAAACAAAAAAAAGAAGUCCCAUCUUUGUCUCACCGCUGGAGAAAACUGAGGUCCUGCUGAAGUCACAGAAAAAUAAUGAGCUGGAUCAGUGA